GCCAUGGCGCUCACUGAUCUGAGACCCUGGGCCUCGGUGCUGCUGCUGGACACCGUCUUACUCUGGCUGCUUCGGGGGACUGUGGGGGAGCUGCUUCCCCAAGGGCUUCCAGGACUAUGGCUGGAGGGGCUCUUGCGUCUUGGAGGGCUGUGGGGGCUGCUGAAGGUGGGAGGGCUGCUGGGAUGUGUGGGGACGUUGCUGCCCCAGCUCUGCCUGGUGACCCCCCUGUUUCUCUCCCUGAGGGGCGUGGUCACAGGGGCCUCCAGUGCUCCCACAGUCAGAGUGGCCACAGCCUCCUGGAGCUGGCUGCUGGUGGGCUAUGGCGCUGCAGGGCUCAGCUGGGCCCUGUGGGCUGUGCUGAGCCCUCCGGGAGCUCCGGAGAGGGAGCAGGGCCAGGAGAACAACCGAGUGUUGAUGUGGAGGUUGCUGAAGCUCUCCAGGCCGGACCUGCCUUUCCUCAUUGCCGCCUUCUUCUUCCUUGUCGUUGCUGUUCUGGGUGAGACACUCAUCCCUCACUAUUCCGGCCGUGUGAUUGACAUCCUGGGAGGUGAUUUUGACCCCCACGCCUUUGCCAGCGCCAUCUUUUUCAUGUGCCUCAUCUCGGUGGUGAGCUCACUGUCUGUAGGCUGCAGGGGAGGCUUCUUCACGUUCGUCAUGUCCAGAAUCAACUCUCGGAUCCGGGAGCGGCUUUUCUCCUCCCUGCUGCGCCAGGACCUCAGUUUUUUCCAGGAGACUAAGACAGGGGAGCUGAACUCACGGCUGAGCUCGGACACCAGCCUGAUGAGCAACUGGCUUCCUCUCAACGCCAACGUGCUCUUGCGGAGCCUGGUGAAAGUGGUGGGGCUGUACGGCUUCAUGCUCAGCAUGUCGCCGCGGCUCACACUCCUCUCCCUGCUGGAUAUGCCGCUCUCAAUAGCAGCCGAGAAGGUGUACAAUGCCCGCCAUCAGGCACUACUUCGGGAGAUCCAGGAUGCAGUAGCCAAUGCGGGGCAGGUGGUGCGGGAGGCAGUCGGAGGGCUGCAGACCGUGCGCAGCUUUGGGGCGGAGGAGCAAGAGGUCUGUCGUUAUAAGGAGGCCCUUGAACGAUGCCGGAAGCUGCGGUGGCAAAGAGACCUGGAACGAGCCCUGUACCUGCUUGUGCGGAGGCUGCUACACCUGGGCGUGCAGGUGCUGAUCCUGAGCUGUGGGCUGCAGCAGAUCCUGGCGGGGGAGCUCACCCGCGGCGGGCUGCUCUCCUUCCUGUUGUACCAGGAGGACGUGGGGACCUACGUGCACACCCUGGUCUACAUGUGCGGGGACAUGCUGAGCAACGUGGGAGCUGCAGAGAAGGUUUUCUACUACCUGGACAGAAAGCCAAAUCUGCCCCCACCAGGGACACUGGCCCCUGCCUCUCUGCGGGGGCUCGUGGAGUUCCGGGAUGUCUCCUUUGCUUAUCCCAGUCGCCCUGGCCAGCCCGUGCUCAAGGGGCUGACAUUCACCCUGCAGCCUGGUCAGGUGACGGCGCUGGUGGGACCCAACGGGUCUGGAAAGAGCACCGUGGCUGCCCUGCUGCAGAAUCUGUACCAGCCCACCGGGGGGCAGGUGCUGCUGGACGGGGAGCCCGUCUCGGAAUAUGAGCACCACUACCUGCACAGCCGGGUAGUCUUGGUGGGGCAGGAGCCGGUGCUGUUCUCGGGUUCUGUGAGGGACAACAUUGCGUAUGGGCUGAAGCACUGUGAGGAUGACGAGGUGAUGGCCGCCGUGCGGGCUGCCUGUGCAGAUGACUUCAUACAGGAGAUGGAACAUGGGAUACAUACAGGGGUCCCGUCAGCCCAGAGAGGAGGGCAGUGUCCACCGCGUCUCCGUCCUUUCCCGCCUUCUCGUGUCUCCUGCACGAGAGCUGCCGCCCGUGGGGUUGUGGUGGCAGUCCCCAUCCCUGUCUUUCUGAGGUGUCGUGGUCCUCACCUUCAGCUGCAGGCCUGGAAGUCCCGCGGGGACCAGACGGUGCUGGUGAUCGCGCACAGGCUGCAGACCCUCCAGAGCGCUGACCAGAUCCUGGUGCUGAAGCAGGGGGAACUGCUGGAGCAGGCCCAGCUCAAGGCAGGGCAGGACAUCUACUCCCGCCUGGCACAGCAGCUGCUGGACUGAGGCCCCAGGACCCUGGGGCCUUCUCCGGGCCUCUCCGUGACCCGCAGGGGCUCCUGCUCUGAGUUCCCUGGGGCCAUGCCCCUGCGUUGUUGCUCCUGGAGCUGGGGGCCCGAUGGGCAUUUGGACUGUGUGUGGUUUGGACCGCGUGCGGUGGGGUGGGGCAGGUGCUGUCUGUGUCCAGGAACCUUAUCUCCUUGGUGAAUAGAACAUUGCCUGGUGCUGAGUACUGUAUUAUGUCAGAGAAAUAUUUUAAAAUAUUUGAACAGUACACAUUCAUAUGGAAAAUCUAAACAAUUUAGAAGAGUACAAAGAAAAAAAGUAAAACUACCAGUUGUUUUAAUUCCAGAAAUAACUACAGUUAUUGUUUUGCUGACCCUCCUGUCAGUCAUUUUAUCUGUUCUUUGUGAUACAAAUGAACCAGUAUUAUAUAAAUAAUCAUGAGGUUGCCUUUUGGCAUCCUCCCCCAUUCUCAUAGUGUCUGAUGUUUUGGAAAAGUUAGAAUAUGGAGGGGCAGAGCACAAUUCUCUAAUAAACACAGUGUUAAUAGUAACAUUGAUAAUAGCUAC